CAUACGUCUGCGUCAAAUCGUUUGCGCCUCAUCGCACAAGUAGCCGGCUGGCGAAGAUUCUCGCGUAAUUCAUCUGAAAAGUUAGUCGUUGGUCAGCGCAGUGCGCGACUAAGUCGUUUGCUAAUCUAAGCGGUAGUGCACAAGUUGAGUUAAAGUGAUCAUUGCAAGUUGUGACUUGAUUCGAUAGAUAUAAUCCACUGUGACCUUGUGCGUGAGUUGACAACGGGUUCAACGAUUGUUCUUUCGGUGAAGAGCUGAAAUACCUCUAGAUAGUGUUGUGGAUCGUUCAAGAUGGCGCCGCCCAUCGCAUUGAGCACUGCUGUGGCGUGCGUUCCCGGUAGCGUAUCGCCGCAGUUGCAAGUAAUCGGUUCUGGAAGCACAGUUUCCCCAGGCCCUGCUACUGCUGCUAUUAUCGGGGGGCCAUCGUUGCAAAGCAAGAACUGCAACUUCAACGCCGAUACGAUCAAGCUCAUCGACUGCGUUAAAGCCCGGCCGGCUUUGUGGCACCGUAAACAUCUCCGGCAGCGCGUGCAAGUUGCGCACCGAGGCUGGGAGGAGAUUCGCAAAACGUUCAAGGCCAACGACGUAUCAUCCCUCAAAGUGCGCUGGAAAACUCUUCGUGAUAGCUUCCGCCGGGAGGUAAAGCGCAUGGAAGAUGGAGAGAUCUCCAAGUCCGCAUGGCCUCUAUUCGACCGCAUGUCGUUCCUGAUUGGACACUUUCGCACGCGAGAAGGCCUUUUGAAAAGUGAGGCAGCCUCACCAACUCCGUCCAAAUCGGACGAUCAUUGGAAGUAUGCCUCCGACUCGAAACAGGACUCACAAACCGAAACGGAUGAACCGAUGCCUCAAAAUGCUGCUACGUCGUCCAUGGGCGAAAGCGAAACUGAAGUGGUGGAGUCCUACACGGUAGUCUACGCCAAUGCAAAGCCACCCACGUUCGAAAUUAUCCAGCAGCCUCAAGAGCCUGCGGCCACUACGUCUGCACAUGUUGAGGAGAGCGAUCCGGAGGACCUCACCAUGAUCGAAACAUACGAAACGGUGCAAACGGAAGAGCAUGACCAUGACAACGGUAAGAUGGAGGCAAGCUCCAGCCAAGACGUGAUCGAAGUACCAGAGCACGUGUACGGAGAAGUGACGUUCAAAAACAAGCUGCGAGCACGUAUCAAAACUGAGCCGGUCGAAGGCGAUCAGCGCAGAGGGCCGGAGAGGAGUUGCGGUGCAACGUUGGAGGCGGACUCGGAUUACAAUUUUCUGAUGAGUUUGCAUCCAUUCAUGCGAAAACUUCCGGGCCGCAAGAAUCUGUCGGUGAGGAUUAAGAUUCAGCAGCUGAUUGCCGAGGCGAUGGACGAGAUUUAGGGAGACUGAUGAGCAUGAAUGACACUAUUUGAAAUUGAAUGAGAUCUGUUUUAUUGUUUAUUGAAUGUGGAUUGCGUCGUUAUACAAAAGAUGAUUAGAGUAUGAAUUCGUAUUGAAUUUUAGGUAAGUGUGUUUUAUUGACGAUAAUUGGAAUAUUUGGACUUCUAAUAAAACCACGUUAAGCAUUUUUAUCCAAAUAUGGGUAAAUGCUCUAAAA